UAACCCCACUGCAGCGGGUGGCAAUACUAUCAAACAGCCGGGCAGCGAGUACGCACCACAUCGUACCAUUCCUAGACAAGAGCAUGGCUCCGGCGAUCGCUGCCAAGCCUCUCCUAAGCGAUCUGGUGGCGCAAUCCGGGCAAGUCCCGUCGAGCCACAUCAGAGCGGUCGGUGACCGCCCGGACCUCGCCAAUGUCGACCACGAGUCCGGCGCCGGCAUUCCGCUCAUCGACCUGAAGCACCUCGACGGGCCGGGGUGUCGCAGGGUCGUCGAGGCCAUCGGCGCGGCGUGCGAGAACGACAGUUUUUUCAUGGUGACGAAUCACGGCAUCCCGGAGGCGGUCGUGGAGGGGAUGCUGCGCGUGGCGAGGGAGUUCUUCCACCUGCCGGAAUCGGAGCGGCUCAAGUGCUACUCCGACGACCCCAAGAAGGCGAUCCGGCUGUCCACGAGCUUCAACGUGCGCACCGAGAAGGUGAGCAACUGGCGCGACUUCCUCCGCCUGCAUUGCUACCCGCUCGAGAGCUUCGUCGACCAGUGGCCCUCGAACCCGCCGGCCUUCAGGGAAGUAGUCGGCACCUACUCGACGGAAGCGAGAGCUCUGGCGCUGAGGCUGCUGGAGGCGAUAUCGGAGAGCCUUGGGCUCGAGAGAGGCCACAUGGAGAAGGCCAUGGGGCGGCACGCGCAGCACAUGGCGGUGAACUACUACCCGCCGUGCCCGCAGCCGGAGCUGACGUACGGACUGCCGGGGCACAAGGACCCCAAUGCCGUGACGCUGCUCCUCCAGGACGGUGUGUCCGGGCUGCAGGUCCAGCGCGAUGGCCGCUGGGUGGCCGUCAGCCCCGUGCCCGGCGCGCUGGUCAUCAACAUCGGUGAUCAACUGCAGGCUCUGAGCAACGAUCGAUACAAGAGCGUGCUCCACCGGGUGAUUGUGAACAGCGAGAGCGAGAGGAUCUCGGUGCCGACGUUCUACUGCCCGUCCCCGGACGCGGUGGUCGCGCCGGCAGAGGCGCUGGUGGACGGCGGCCACCCUCUGGCCUAUCGGCCCUUCACCUACCAGGAGUACUACGAGGAGUUCUGGAACAUGGGCCUCGAGUCAGCCAGCUGCCUCGACCGCUUCCGACCGAUCGCAUGAUCGACUGUCCGUCUGGGCAACAAAAUCUCACGGGCCACAAAUGUUGCUUGCUACUGAUGAUGUGUCGCCAUAGGGGAGGCCUAUCAAGGCGCCCAGAACCGUUAGAUAUAGUUUUGGAUGGCUAAGAUCAGGGUGAACGGUAGAACUUUUUUUUUUGAGCAUCAGUAUAGACACAAGCGCUCAUAUACACGCGCAUAUACUCAUCCCUAUGAACGCACACACGCACACCCUAACCCCUAUGAGCACCUCCGAGAGACUGAGCCGGCAUAUCAUCUUGAGAUUUACGAAGCCACCGUAGGCGCCUCGUCGUCGACGGGAACGUCUCCUCCCACUGAAAGCGCAUCGCCGGAAAUCCUGAAAUAAAUCCAGGAAUAAUGCAAGCACCAGGAUUUGAACCCUGGUGGGUUGGGGAUACCACUGUCCACCUAACCAACUCAACCAUAGGUUGAUUCGCAGGGUGAACGGUAGAACUUUCUCCGUACGAACUUUAGUUCUCCCUGACCUUGACACUGGAGAUACGACCGGUGCUUUUAUAAAAGAAGAUGUGACCGGUAUUUGACGCAAGGAUAACUUGUGGGCGUCCAUCGAGCUGUCUAUCUUCUAGGCGCUUGAAACUUAACUAGUUUGUGAAAUAAAUUGGUGUUGUGUGGUCAGCUAUCUCGAGUUAAGUUAUGACAAGUACUUGAUGAAAAUGAAGAAGAAAAAGAAGGUGGAGAAAAAAAAGGAUCUACGUAAAUA